UUUAAGAGGUGUGAGUAAAGCCUCAAGCAGUGCUCUCCGGUUCGAUAUAGCCACAUAGAGCUGAUGGUCUCUGUGUGAAGGAGCUACGCAAAGGGGACCGGAUUCCAUGCCAACAACAACAACAACAGCAGCAGCAAUGGCAGAAGCAGAGAUGCGUCAGAGGCUACUGUGCACCGUCAAGAAGGAGGUGAAGCAGAUCAUGGAGGAGGCUGUCACCAGGAAGUUUGUACAUGAAGACAGCAGCCACAUUGUCUCGUUUUGUGCUGCGGUGGAGGCUUGCGUUCUACAUGGGCUUAAGCGGCGAGCGGCGGGAUUCCUGCGUAGCAAUAAAAUAGCAGCGCUCUUCAUGAAGGUGGGGAAGAGCUUCACCCCGGCAGAGGAGCUGUGCAGGAAGGCUCAGGAGCUGGAACAGAUCAUUGAGAGCAAGCGGAACCAAAGCAUGCCCAACCAGGACAGCGUACGGAGACUGCCCAGGCUGUCGAGCCUCAGCCCGCAGGUGGUCAGAAACCUGUGGAUCCGCACGGCCCUCUUCGAGAAGGUGCUGGACAAGAUCGUGCUCUACCUCGUGGAGAACAGCAGUAAAUUCUACGAAAAAGAGGCCAUUCUGAUGGAUCCGGUGGACGGACCCAUUCUGGCCUCUUUGUUAGUGGGGCCCUGUGCCUUGGAGUACACGAAGAUGAAAACGGCGGACCACUUCUGGACAGACCCCUCAGCAGACGAGCUGGUCCAGAGACACCGCAUCCACAGUGGUCACUGCAGACAGGACUCCCCCACCAAGAGGCCUGCCCUUUGUAUCCAGAAGAGACAUUCAAGUAGCAGCAUUGAUGAGCGGCCUUCCCCCUCGCCCUCAGCCCGGGACUAUGUGGAGUCACUGCACCAAAACAACAGAGCCACCCUGCUGUUUGGAAAGAACAACGUGCUGGUGCAGCCGAGAGAUGACAUGGAGGCUAUCCCAGGAUACCUUUCUCUCCACCAGACCGCCGACAUCAUGACGCUGAAGUGGACGCCCAAUCAGCUGAUGAACGGCUCUGUGGGAGACCUGGACUAUGAGCACAGUGUGUACUGGGAUUACGCUAUGACCAUCCGUCUGGAGGAAAUUGUUUAUUUGCACUGUCAUCAGCAGGUGGACAGCGGGGGCACGGUUGUGCUGGUGAGCCAGGACGGCAUCCAGAGACCCCCGCUGCGCUUCCCUAGAGGGGGGCAUCUGCUCCAGUUCCUCUCCUGCCUGGAGAAUGGCCUCUUGCCCCAUGGCCAGCUGGAUCCUCCACUCUGGUCCCAGAGAGGAAAGGGGAAGGUGUUCCCUAAACUGAGAAACAAGUGUUCACAGGGCUCCUCGGACUCGGUGUCUGAUAAGGAGGAGGAUGAGGCCACAGACUAUGUCUUCCGCAUCCUGUUCCCAAACAGCCAAUCAGAGUUUGUGACUAUAAUACACCCUCUCCAUGUUUCCCCGGGGGCUCCUCUCCUGUCCCGCUCCUUCUCCCUCCAUCUGAGAGGAAAGCCCCCGACCAAAGGGAUCUUGGUGGUCCCUAAGCGCUCCUGCAGCUAUUCCAGAGACCACUCCUCAACCACCACAGGGAACAGCUUGGCUCCAGAGCUAAUGGACCAGGGGGCCAACAUCUGGCAGUCCAUCCCCAGGAAGUCCUCCUACUCAUCCUGUACCCAGGGCAGCUUCUCAGAUGGAGGACCCCCCAACGGUUGCAACCAUGACAGAGCCCCUUUGAAGCUGCUGUGUGACCAAAUGAAGUAUCAGAUAAUCUCCCGGGCGUUCUAUGGCUGGCUAGCUUAUUGUCGUCAACUGUCCACUGUACGUACACACCUCUCGGCCCUGGUCAACCACACUAUCGUGGCACCCGAUGUGCCCUGCGAUGCCUUCACCGGCCUCACCGCUGAGGUGUGGCAGAGGUUCCUUCAGGACUGCACUGCCUAUAAUGAGCAGGAGCUGCUGCGCCUGGUGUACUUCGGCGGUGUUGAUCCUUCGCUGCGUAAGGAGGUGUGGCCCUUCCUCCUGGGCCACUACCAGUUUGGCAUGUCUGAGUCUGACAGGAAAGAGGUGGAUGAACAGGUGCGGGCGUGCUACGAGCAGACCAUGAGCGAGUGGCUGGGCUGCGAGGCCAUCGUGCGGCAGCGGGAGAAGGAGCAGCAUGCAGCGGCGCUGGCUAAGUGCUUGUCUGUCUCGGCCAGCGUGGAUAAUCCCAACCCUGUCCAGAGGAUGCUGCACCAUGACUCCAGCAUCAGCAAUGAGUCCUCCCGGAGCUGCAGCUCAGACAGACAGAGCCUGGCUCGCCUGCAGAGUGACUCCAGCAGCAGCACCCAGGUGUUUGAGUCUGUGGAGGAGGUGGAUCAGAUCGAGACCGAGCCCAAGAGCAAAGAGGCCAAGCAGGUGCCCAAGAUCCCCAAUGGAGGAGCCCUGCCCAAUGGGACCAGCUCCCCAGACUCGGGGCACCCCUCCUCUCGCAACUUCUCAGUCACCUCGGGCCUGUCAGACCGCUCUCUGAGCACAGAGGACAGCACUGCACCUGACACCACCCCUAAAAACAUCACCAGCACUCCUCCACAGUUGGCCCCAGCCCCACAGAGCCCAGUCAAAGCCCAUGAGGAAGAGUUGGAGGCAGAUAGCUCAAAAGCCCAACCCCCGGCCCUGCAGGAGGAGAAGGACCUCCAGGCCAAGGAGGAAAAAGAGAGUGCGACCGAAGUAACCCAGGAGAUUGAGGGCAACGAGACAGAAGUGCCAGAUAUAGAAAUAGGCAAAAAUACAGUGACAGUAGAGACAGAAAUGCCAGAAGUAGAAAUUGACAAGAAGACAGAGGUGCUAGAGAUUGAAAUGGACAAAAACACAGAGACAAGGGAGGACAAGGCAGCAGACCUAGGUGCGUUAGAGAGCCAGAAAAUAGAGGAAGAAAAUACACCCGUGACUGGACCUGCCGAGAAAGAAGAGGUAAGGAUCAAUGAAAAGGGGGACAUUGAGUUACCGAAAGCAGAAGUGGAUGCUGUAGAAGAAACGGUGAAGUCCAAAACGGAUGAGUUCAAAACAACGGAGGCUAAAGACCCUGAAACAGAAGUGGUGAAAAUGUUGGAUGGAGAGCCAACCAUGCGAGCAGACACAGAGGAGUUGCAGUCACUGGAAGCAGAGACAAUGAAAACUCAAGAGUCAAGAGAAACAGAGGACGAAGGAUCAGAACCAGAGUCUGUAGAUCCAGAAGAGAAUGAAACAUCCCAAACAAACCAUAGAGAGCCAAAAGAGGAGAAGGCAUUGACAUCAACGAUGACUGCAGGAGCAAUGGAGGACAAGACAUCAGAAUUCGAGGUUGAGCGAACUUCAGAGGCUGGAGAAACAAAGAAUGCUGAAACAUCGGAAGUAAAGGAAGCCGAAGGAAAGACUAUGGAAAAGACAGAAACUGAGAAAGAAGUAGAAGCCAAUGAGACUUUAAAAUUUGAAGAGGUAACCGAAACAAAGGGGGUUAAGACGAUGUCACACGAAGAAGUUGCAGAGGAAAAUGUGGAGGACAUUACAAAAUCUAAGGAAGUGGGAAAAAGCGAGGAGGAGACCAAGCGGUCAGCGAUGGAGAAGAAUACAAGCCCCGUAGCAGACACCAGGGUGGCAAGGGCAAUGGAAGCAUUUAGUAGCACCACCCAGAGUGAGGAGGCUCUGGCCACCACGGAAUCUGAGGAGUCUCCUUCAGCCAUUGAGAUGGCAAACGUCUCCAUUGCCCCACUGUGGGACCGGAUUGGUCCGUGCGACAGUUCCGGGGUCGGGGCUGCUCUCUCUGAGGGCUCAGUCCCCCAUCUGGAGCUCCAACUGGAGGAGGAGGAGCAGUGCAAAACCAGCCCAGAGGGAACAGAGUUAACCUUGUCCGAGGAGCCUGAGAUUGAGAGGAUCUUCCCACAAUUUGACUCCCUGACCGUGGGCAGAGAGCUGACAAACGAGGACAUCUCUCCAGUGUCAUCCAUCGGAACCACCUAUUCUCAAGAGCUUUUGGACAUGUACACGAUGAACCUGCACCGCAUUGAGAAGGAUGUCCAGAGGUGUGACAGGAACUACUGGUACUUUACCCCUGCCAACCUGGAGAAACUGCGCAACAUCAUGUGCAGCUAUAUCUGGCAGCACCUGGAGAUUGGCUAUGUGCAGGGCAUGUGUGACCUGCUGGCUCCCCUCCUUGUCAUUCUGGAUGAUGAGGCCAUGGCCUUCAGCUGUUUCACUGAGCUCAUGAAGCGGAUGAAUCAGAACUUCCCCCAUGGCGGUGGCAUGGACACUCAAUUUGCCAACAUGCGCUCUCUCAUCCAGAUCCUGGAUUCUGAGCUCUUUGAGCUCAUGCACCAAAAUGGCGACUACACCCACUUCUACUUCUGCUACCGAUGGUUCCUUCUAGACUUAAAGCGUGAGCUGGUGUAUGACGAUGUGUUUGCGGUGUGGGAAACCAUCUGGGCAGCAAAGUACGCCUCCUCUGGCCACUUUGUCCUCUUCAUCGCUCUGGCACUGGUGGAGGUCUACCGGGACAUCAUUCUGGAGAACAACAUGGACUUCACCGACAUCAUUAAGUUUUUCAACGAAAUGGCUGAGCAUCACAACAGCAAGCAGAUCCUGACACUGGCCCGGGAACUGGUGUGCAAGGUGCAGACUCUCAUUGAGAACAAGUGAUCUCCAGGAGUCAUCCACUUCUCUUCCUCAACAGUCUUUCUCAAACAUAGAGAUAGAUAGAGGACUCAUAUUUGUAUCUGUUCUAUUAUAGCGUCUGUGACAGCAUGGGCAGUGCCAUUGAGGCCAUCUCCAUUUGAAAGUAGUAAAUUUUCUUCUUUACGAUUGGCUGAUCCCUCCUGAUGACACGGUGCUGCCCAUGCUAAAACAGCGUUUUGGCUAAUAGAGACCUCUAUCAUUUUCUAUGGUCAGUUUGAACAGCUGCAACCGAUCAGAGAUCAGGGUCCAGUUCAUUAGGCACCAAAUGGAAUAAAACAGACAUAGGGAGGCACUACUUAGACUAGUCCUAUAAGAAACUGUCAAUUUCAUUUUCAGUCACAAAAUGUUUUCAAUUGCGUGCCUUGAUGAACAUGACUGAGAUGUGCUCCACUUUUCACUGCCUUCUCCUUAUCUAUGUAAUACCAGCCGGUACUCUGUCAUUUCAGGUCAUGUCAUGGAACACCAAGGGAAGGGUCACUUUUACCUCCAGUUAUUCUGUCAGGGAAACAGUUUGAUUUAUUUUUAAUUGUUAACUGUGACAUAUACUUAGUCAUCAUAGGAUGUAUGUGGUAUGCCUGGCCUGUCUUGAUUGAAGUGGGGUUAGAAUUAGAGGUCGACCGAUUAAUCGGAAUGGCCGAUUUCAAGUUUUCAUAACAAUCGGAAAUCUAUUUUUGGGCCUGAUUUUAAACUAAAUAUAUAUUUUUUAAUUGUUUUAUACCUUUAUUUAACUAGGCAAGUCAGUCAAGAACACAUUUUUAUUUUCAAUGACGGCCUAGGAACGGUGGGUUAACUGCCUCGUUCAGGGGCAGAACGACAGAUUUUCACCUUGUCAGCUCGGGGGAUGCAAUCUUGCAAAAUUACAGUUAACUAGUCCAACGCAAUAACGACCUGCCUCUCUCUCGUUGCACUCCACAAAGAGACUGCCUGUUAUGCGAAUGCAGUAAACCAAGGUAAGUUGCUAGAGAGCAUUAAACUUAGCUUAUAAAAAAACAAUCAUAAUCACUAGUUAACUACACAUGGUUGAUGAUAUUACUAGAUAUUAUCUAGCGUGUCCUGCGUUGCAUACAAUCUGACUGAGCAUACAAGUAUCUAAGUAUCUGACUGAGCGGUGGUAGGCAGAAGCAGGCGCGUAAACAUUCAUUCAAACAGCACUUUCGUGCGUUUUGCCAGCAGCUCUUUGUUGUGCGUCAAGCAUUGCGCUGUUUAUGACUUCAAGCCUAUCAACUCCCGAGAUAUGGCUGGUGUAACCGAAGUGAAAUGGCUAGCUAGUUAGCGCACGCUAAUAGCGUUUCAAACAUGGGUAAAGCUGCUUCGAUGGUGGCUGUUGUCGUUGUGUUGCUGGUUCGAGCCCAGGGAGGAGCAAGGAGAGGGACGGAAGCUAUACUGUUACAAUGGCAAUACUAAAGUGCCUAUAAGAACAUCCAAUAGUCAAAGGUUAAUGAAAUAGAAAUGGUAUAGAGGGAAAUAGUCCUAUAAUUCCUAUAAUAACUACAACCUAAAACUUCUUACCUGGGAAUAUUGAAGACUCAUGUUAAAAGGAACCACCAGCUUUCAUAUGUUCUCAUGUUCUGAGCAAGGAAAUGAAACAUUAGCUUUUUUACAUGGCACAUAUUGCACUUUUACUUUCUUCUCCAACACUUUGUUUUUGCAUUAUUUAAACCAAAUUGAACAUGUUUCAUUAUUUACUCGAGGCUAAAUUGAUUUUAUUGAUGUAUUAUAUUAAGUUAAAAUAAGUGUUCAUUCAGUAUUGUUGUAAUUGUCAUUAUUACAAAUACAUUGAAUUCUUCUUAUUUUUUUAAAAAUCGGCCAAUUAAUCGGCAUCAGCUUUUUUGGUCCUCAAAUAAUCGGCAUCGGCGGUGAAAUAUCAUAAUCGGUCGACCUCUAGUUAGAAUAUACAUACACAAGGCUGGUUUCACAGACCCAGUUCAAAUGAAUAUAGAAAAAAAAUUCUGCCAUAGUUACUCAAGAACUGAAUAUCGGUUAACCAUUUAAUUUUAUUUAAAAAAAAUAAGAUUAACAAUUAGUCCUGGAAUAUUUUAAGAUGUGAUAGUUACCAAUAAUCUUUAUUAAAGUGCAAUUCAGUACAGGAGUAGGAUUAACCUGGUUGAGUGAAAUGUCCAUAAUGUUGGAGUUUAAACUUAUAUUUACAGCCUGUCUGGAGCAGUAGUUUACCUACGUAAAUUAGUUAACAGGUAAUGUCCCUGCUAGAUGUGCCAAAGGACAGCAUUAGGGAGAAAAUUAAAUCAGCUUCGAUUUUCUACUGUGUUGAAUAAGUAGACUACCUCGCAAGUAACCUUGUCCCAAGUAAGUUGUUACUGCAUGUAGGUAGAUGUUAUAUCACAAUAUAUUUGAGAAUUUAUAGGACUAUAGGACUCCCGAUCACGGCCGGUUCACCCUUUUAAAGGAUAGAAUGGUAACUUCUUACGGGGAGACAAGAAAAGUCAGACAGUUAAAAUAGGAUUUUCCUCUUCCUUCCAUCUUUGAUUAAAUCACUGGUUUCUACAUUAUUUGUUAAACUCCCAAAUCAGCCAGGUCCUAACAGACACCUGCCACUUGUCUGUAUCACCUGUAAACCUGUGUGUAUGGGCACGACGUGUGGCACUGCACACUGGUAGGAGUCAUGAAUCAGUUGGAGCCAUGUCAGUAAUGAGCAGAGUUUUGAUUUUCUCAUUCUGCCUUUUGUCUAUUCUAUAUUAUGUCUCUGUAUACUGUUGUGUAUGAAUUGUACUUUAAAUGAGAACUAGACAAAGGUCAUUUUAAACCUUCACAUAUUUAUGAUACAUAUAUGAUCGUACAUGUGACUUAUGGUUGUCUGAGCAGAAAUGAGUCCCAAAAAACAGUUGACUAUUUAACAUGGGUCUUAUUUCUUUUUAAAUGAUUGAUAUACUCCAGUGAGCCACUCUAUAUUCUGUCAGUUGUGUUGCUUUCUCAGAACCUUGUCUUGUCUUCUGGCAUUUCAUGUUCCACUGUUCUUUUAGUCCACUUAAUGUUUUUUGUUUUUCUUUUGGAGAAGUGGUUGGCUGCAUUUGCAGAGAGAGUGGAAAUAGGAUUCCAAAAAUAAUGAUGUAUUCAGUUUUGCUUUAAAAGUUGGAACAUAAUGGUGAAUAUCCUAUUAGAUAGAGCACAAUAGCUGGGCUGUGACAAUUGCCAAUCAUGGUUGCCAAUUUAAGGUUGGGGGAUGCUUAGAUCCCAGGCCAACAAGAUCAAGACGGAUAUGGAUAUGAAUUUUGGCCUUAAAUCCAUCUAAAACGGGUGAAUCUAGGAAACAGAUGAAGGAUUAGGGUGUUUUACUAUAUCUUGAAGUAGCUAGUAAAGAUUUGUGGGGGAGAACAUGUGUGCGCUUUCAUUCCCUUAAACUACUGCUAAUUGUAAAUGAAUAUGUUUCGUGAACCACCAUUCCUGUUUUCCAUUGCCUAGGUAGAACAUAAUUUCAGUUCUACCAGUGUUGUUUCAUGAAUGUGUUGACACCUGUUGCAUUGAGUAUUGAUGGUUCUCUGUGAAGGCAAACUGCUGUAUGUCACACCAGAAUAAGAAAACCAAACAGUUGUAUUAUCUUGUAACAUCUAUUUAUAAGUUAACAUAUUUAUUUAUUUAUUCAUGAAGUUUCUGCUUUUGUAUGUAAAGGUCAUAUACUUGUUACUUUGUGGUCAGUAAAAGAAAAUACACUGCUCAAAAAAAUAAAGGGAACACUUAAACAACACAAUGUAACUCCAAGUCAAUCACACUUCUGUGAAAUCAAACUGUCCACUUAGGAAGCAACACUGAUUGACAAUACAUUUCACAUGCUGUUGUGCAAAUGGAAUAGACAACAGGUGGAAAUGAUAGGCAAUUAGCAAGACACCCCCAAUAAAGGGGUGGUUCUGCAGGUGAUAACCAUAGACCACUUCUCAGUUUGUAUGCUUCCUGGCUGAUAUUUUGGUCACUUUUGAAUGCUGGCGGUGUUUUCACUCUAGUGGUAGCAUGAGACGGAGUCUACAACCCACACAAGUGGCUCAGGUAGUGCAGCUCAUCCAGGAUGGCACAUCAAUGCGAGCUGUGGCAAGAAGGUUUGCUGUGUCUGUCAGCGUAGUGUCCAGAGCAUGGGGGCGCUACCAGGAGACAGGCCAGUACAUCAGGAGAUGUGGAGGAGGCCGUAGGAAGGCAACAACCCAGCAGUAGGACCGCUACCACUGCCAGAGUCCUGCAAAAUGACCUCCAGCAGGCCACAAAUGUGCAUGUGUCUGCUCAAACAGUCAGAAACAGACUCCAUGAGGGUGGUAUGAGUGCCCGACGUCCACAGGUGGGGGUUGUGCUUUCAGCCCAACACCGUGCAGGAUGUUUGGCAUUUGCCAGAGAACACCAAUAUUGGCAAAUUCGCCACUGGCGCCCUGUGCUCUUCACAGAUGAGAGCAGGUUCACACUGAGCACAUGUGACAGACGUGACAGUCUGGAGACGCCGUGGAGAACGUUCUGCUGCCUGCAACAUCGUCCAGCAUGACUGGUUUGGCGGUGGGUCAGUCAUGGUGUGGGGUGGCAUUUCUUUAGGGGUCCGCACAGCCCUCCAUGUGCUCGCCAGAGGUAGCCUGACUGCCAUUACGUACAGAGAUCCUCAGACCCCUUGUGCGACCAUAUGCUGGUGCGGUUGGCCCUGGGUUCCUCCUAAUGCAAGACAAUGCUAGACCUCUUGUGGCUGGAGUGUGUCAGCAGCUCCUGCAAGAGGAAGGCAUUGAUGCUAUGGACUGGCCCGCCCGUUCCCCAGACCUGAAUCCAAUUGAGCACAUCUGGGACAUCAUGUCUCGCUCCAUCCACCAAUGCCACGUUGCACCACACUGUCCAGGAGUUGGCGGAUGCUUUAGUCCAGGUCUGGGAGGAGAUCCCUCAGGAGACCAUCCGUCACCUCAUCAGGAGCAUGCCCAGGUGUUGUAGGGAGGUCAUACAGGCAUGUGGAGGCCACACACACUACUGAGCCUCAUUUUGACUUGUUUUAAGGACAUUACAUCAAAGUUGGAUCAGCCUGUAGUGUGGUUUUCCUCUUUAAUUUUGUGUGACUCCAAAUCCAGACCUCCAUGGGUUGAUACAUUUCAUUUCCAUUGAUAAUUUGUGUGAUUUUGUUGUCAGCACAUUCAACUAUGUAAAGAAAAAAGUAUUUAAUAAGAAUAUUUCAUUCAUUCAGAUCUAGGAUGUGUUAUUUUAGUGUUCCCUUUAUUUUUUUGAGCAGUGUAUAAUGAAAACAAUCCAAUUCUAAAUAUAUAGAUAUUAAAUGGUAUAUGUAUUUGUAAAAAAAAAUAAUGUAUGGAAUGAUUCUUAUUUUUCCAAUUGCCUUUCUUAGAUGCAUUUCUGCAGCUCAUAUUUUGAGCAC